CGACCCAGCUUCGGCACGCAGGAACGCCGUCAAGGGCCUGCUGAAUACUCACCGUAUUUGAGUUACUCUCAAUACGGGGAUGACCACCUUCUUUCGUCUCUGGCGCCGCCGAUGGGGUCCUUCCCUUCGGCAGUGCCUGUUUGUCAAUCCUUCGAUAUCCUCGCCCGACAGUCCGAUCUCUGGGCAGAACCAGAUCUGUCCUUUACUGAUUCCGACUGGAAUUUCGUACCUGUGAAUAAUUCGACGCCGUACACGCAUGGCUAUGAUGGUGGCGAUGUUCCCGUCAUGGAUUUUGGGUGCGGCACUGCCUCUGCCUUCCAAUCUCUUUCGGAUUCGGGCUCAAUCGAGAACCAACACCUUGUUCCUGCAUCUAUCGUUCCUAGCUCGGCCAACUCUCAAGAUGGCCACUCGCACUCGCAACCUUCCCCUGUCUCUCAAUGUCCUGCUCCAGUCUCGGCCACUUUUCCCAGCCCUGCUACCUCUCAUGGUGAUGAUCUACUCGGUCCCACUGGUACCCGUGUGGAAAAGCGCAGGCUGAAUACCCUCGCUGCUCGGCGUUGUCGGCAAAGACGGGUUGAUCGGAUGAAGGACCUUGAAGCGGAGUUGGAGAAGGUCCGUCAGGAAAGAGAUGAUCUGAGACUUAAGUGUUCCAAGCUGGAAGGCGAAACGGACGCUUUGAAGGGUCUUCUCACUCGCAAGAACCAGGAUAGUUAG